AUGUCUUUAACGUUUGAAGAUUCUAUUGGACACCUUGAUUUGACCAUAUUUUGUGUGCUUGUGUACGCUUGUGUACAUUUGCGUAUGUUUGUGUACAAUUUACUAAAGAACUGUACUACCAAAACUCCUAUUGGUAGCAAGUAUCAUUUGAUACACACAUACAUGAUUACAGAAUUAGAGAUAAAUGCGUCAAGACGAUUGCAACCCAUACUCAAGGAAAUAUAUUUUGAGUAUCGAGGCCAUAAAUCUGUGCAUCUUCCUAUUUACUCUUCUGGACUUAACCCUAUAGACCAAGACACAAACUUCGCGUAA